AUGGCUUCAAAACAUGUGCGUAACAGCCUCGAGGAUUUAAUUGUCAGCGGAAUAAACAAUGCACGCGCGAUUGGCUCGAUUGAAUGGAUAGGUGUAGGAAUGGGAUCCACCUUAUGUUUCCAGAAAAACGGAAAGACAUUGGGACUGGAUCGAAUGUGGACUAAAUGUAUUUUAUCAGUUGGAAUGGUUUUGCUUUUAAUGCAGUCUGUCCUAGCUGCUGAUGGUAAGACUUAUUAUUUGGUUGUUGACAACCUGUUCGAGUAAUAUUUUCUUGCUUGGUAGGACUAACUAAUUGAUAUUCAUCGAGAUGUUAGGCUGUAUAUGACCUGUAGGUGGAUGGGGAUUGUAUUAUAUAAAUAUCUCAAAUUGGUUGCUCUUUUCUAGUGGAACUCUUCGUACCCUGUCCCUAUGUUAUGACCAUCGGUGCACACGCGGAUAAUGACAUUCAAACAUUUAGAAUGUAUGCUAGUGGUUUAUUGUGCGUAAUCUAAAUGAUUACGCACAAUAAUCUGAUUGCGCCUAUUUUUGCUUUAAGCAAACACAUUCAGGCAAUUAGACAUUCUAAAUCAAUAUGAUUGUUGAUUUUGUAAUGUGGCCUCCCAGCCUCUUGUGUUUUUCGAAGGAAGAAAACCGCUGGAGUGGCCUUUGUGCAGCAGUCAAGACUGCAACGCGGGCAAUUAUAAUUACGCGUCUUACUUAUUUGAUCGACAGUGAUGGCAACAUUUGUGGCGGUCACUUACCUUCUAGAAAUAACAUAACGUGUGGAAGUUUCAUAGUCAUCAUUUAUAAAGGAUGGAUGAUGCUGUCAUAAGAAGCAAAAUGCCACUAAUGAGAUUUGUUUUUAUUUUCUGCCUUGGACCUGGUGCUUAUAAGGCAUAAGCCUAUAAUUUGACCAUGGGUCGUGGUUUUCACCUAAUUUUACCUUUCCAAUGUGUUGUUUUUCUCUACAUUCAUGUAGGAAAAACAUAUUGCGAAUCAGCCAUAGGCCUGCCCUUGCCCGAGCCCUAGCCUUUAUAUUUUCAAAUCCUCUCAGAUUGCUAUUAUAUCCCCCUCUUCCUCCAUUCAUAAAACCAUAUUUGAAUAUCUUGGCAUUUGGCUAUGGUCAGGUGCCAGAUCCACUUGUGGAUGUGAGGAUGAGGUGUUUUUUCUUUAAUGAGCUCACAGAGCUGUACCAUUAAGUCAACAUGGAGCCAAAUGUGCUGUGUUGCCAUGGGAACUGAUCUGCCUAACACUUCUUUUUACCUGCCCUAUAGCAUCUACAUAACCAGUACAAACUCCAAUUUGGUCUGCUUUUAGACAAUAGCUUAAGAUUGAAUGCUGUGUGAUUUGAAUAGUGCAUGCAAAUGAAAUGCUUCUCCGUGUAAAUUAUGGCAGAAAGGAUUUCACACUGCUCAACAGCAAACAACAGGCAUUUUUGAGAUACAGUCAAAUGCAUGCCUAGGCCUAUACCCUUUCAUUAGCAAGAAAACACUAUUUUGUGCUCCAUUUUAUUUCCAAUAUUUUUCUACCAAUUACACACAACUACACCUUUCACACUUCUUUAACCAGGCUUUUCAAGCUGUGGUCACGUCAUGCUAUAUCAACAUUGAUGUGGAGAAAAGCGCAGCAAACUGGUCUUGAAAUAGGCUGCUGCAUGCUGUUGUGCUCAUAGAAUACAUUAACAACCAGGAACCCACUACUGGUUUAGUGGGUUGUAAUCAGAUGAAAAGCCAGUGAAUGUAUUUAUUUAUCACUGAGUAUGACGACAGCUGCUGCUGGUCACCAGGCAAUGAAUGCCCAAUAAUAAUUAAUCUUGUCUUCAUCAAUUACUGAUCAAUUAUGCUAACCAGGACUCCCAAUCUGCUGAUAAUGGCUUUCAGUCUUUCUGUAUUUGAUGCAUGCUGCUCCGGUUGGAUUUCUCCUUGGUAUUCUUUAUGAACAAUUUGCAGCUCAAAGGAUGGUGGGAAAAUGUGGGCCCCUCUGUUGUGUCCUGCUUGUUAGCCCCUUAUACAAUCCCAUAAUAAGAUGCCCACAAUUUGGUUUAUUCCGCAAGCAAGUAUUAAGAGUUGGGUUGCUUGGGAGCCCUUUUAAGAGAGCAGCCUAAAACAUGGCCUGUACAACACCUUUCCCAUACUCUGCUGUGCUUCAUUAGGGCGAUUGCCUGUGCUGUGGAAGUGAAUUAUGCAUUGCUAGAUCUUAAAUAGAUAUUUCCCUUUUACAUUAAAUACAUUAUGCAUGGCAAGCCUCUAUAAAGCUGUGGGUAGGAUGAGCUUGUUGGCUAAUUUGAUUUCUAAUUCCGAUUUAGGUAUAGUACUUAUUUAUUUACUUAUUUAGUACUUAUUUAUUCCUGAUCUUUGGGGGAUUUUAUGUAGUGUUCUGAACAGGAGAGUGUGUUCGAAACACAGUAAUGAUGUGCUAACACCUUGAUGCAGAAUACUUAGUUCAUAUGCACAGUACAUUAUACUGUAUGCAUAUGUAAUACAUGUUAUUACUUAAAUACAUGUUAGUAUAUUAUACUGUGUGUGCAUGUGUGUGUUUUCCAAAUGUCUGUGUUUUGAAGCCAGGGUUUUCUAAACUCGGUCCUGGGGCCUUGUUUUUUGCCCUAGCACUACACAGCUGAUUCAGAUAAUUAAACCUUGAUGAUAAGUUGAUUAUUUGAAUCAGCUGUGUGUAAUGCUAGGCAAAAACCAAAACGUGCACCCAUGGAAGGCCCCAGGACAGAGUUUGGGAAACCCUGUAGAUGCCUACUACUCUGCUGCAUAGCAGCUCUAAGUCCAGUUACUGUGUGAUUAUGUUCCCUUUUUAACACUGUAAUUCUAUCAUAGGGACACGUAAAAGUUUCUCAAAACUGUUUGACAAGCUUAAUGUCCCUGGAGAUUGUCCAUCAAAAAGCUAUGUUUUGUAAAUUUAAUUUCUGUCAUAAGGGAAUAGCGUUGACCCCAAACCAACACAUUAGGUAACAAUAAUUUUACACUAAAAGUCUCAUGAAAAUGCAAUCAAUCCCUUUAAGAUUAAAUUACGAAUAUCCAGAUGGAUUUAUGUCUCUGUCUCCUUGAGCAGUUCUGAACUCACAAUGUAUUAGAACGCCCUCUCGUCAUCGCUCACAGUGACUACUGUGUGACGGCCUUGAUAGAUGCUGUCUGCUAUGUAGCAGCAGUUGUUCAAUUUGUGUUGGCCUCGGAGGCCUCAGUACUGACUGAAGAGAGAAACACCAAGAGAAGGGCUGUCUUGCCUCAUCGUAGACCUGAGCAGACCAGGAGAUCAAACUGAAAGAAACUGAAACAGGAACAGACAAAAAUAACUGCUUUGAUUCAUUUCAGCACUACCUUACAGUAGCCGUGUGUAGUUAUUUAUUUGGCACAGCUUAAAUAUAGGGCUUUGCAACAGUGCUGUAUACCUUGAAGGUAAAGCAAACAAAACCUGUCUGGAACAACCCCAAUUACAUUUUAGUUUGGAAUAUAUACAUUUUUUUUACUGCAGCUUUAGCGUCCGUUUAGAAGCCACUUUUGUAUCCUCAACCGCCGGAGAGCUGCGAAGAUGCUGCUCACUGUAUGACUGUGUCUAUUAUGUAAUGGGAAAGUAUAACCAAAUGAGUUCUGGCCUUUUAGCUCAUCUAAUGAAUACUAUAUGCCAUGGAAUCAGUGACACUGACCAUAAGAGCCAUUUAACACAUGUUUCCUAUGAUGGGAUGGAGAGUCACAUGAUCAUGGGUGACCUCUAUCAGAUUAAUGCUUCUGAUUCCUGAGACAAUAAUGAAAUGGCUUCUGUGCUCACACCAUAUGCACCUGCAAAUCUCCCACUACGGUAGCUUAUGAAACAGUGCUUUGACCACAGUAGGGGGCGAGAAAGGGCAAAGCAUAGCCAGUGGUUCCUUAUUGGACCUGUUGAGUCACAUGGGGUCCUGCAGCAGUUUUGGCAUUUAUUAAAUAAAAAAUCAAUGCAUACUUUUAUGUUCAAAGUCUAUCAAUCGAAGUGUUCACUCUUCCCUGGGAUAGGCUGUAGCUAGGGGCUUUCGUGAUUUACUGUUGGUGUUUGGCCGCUUGAGUCAAUACAAAUUCGUGCAUGCGUUUGUCACUUAGCUAAAGUCAGGUGACUGACUUUGUCCUAAAUUCUUUCUACCCUCAGUGCCAGUUCUGACAGUUGAUCGUAGUGACAUUACUGUGAAUUCUUCACAUGCUAUCUACAUUUGAAAGAAGCUAUAAGAAAUUAUCUAACACUUUUAAGAAUUUGAAUCAGGAUUGAAAAAAUAUUCUGAUAAUAACAAUUUUGCUUAUAGUAGGCUACUGUAAGCAAGUCAAAUUUAAAACUUGCAGUUUUUUGUUGAAAUGUUUUAAUGAAAAUGUUCACUAAAUAUUUAUUUUUGUAUGAUCAGUAACACAUAUGCCCUACACUAAUUGUAAUUAAUGUCAGUAUCUUGUUUUGUCAAAAGGCCAUACGUUGUUUCUAAUUCAUUGGGUUGUCUUUAGGGUUGGUCUUGUGUGUAUGUAUGACUUACUCACAUGGACAGGAUAUUGUCUGUCCGAGGAUCAGUAGGCUACAAAGAACAAUUCAACAACAACUAAUGCAGAGUGAAACUAACUUUCCCAGUGCUUAGGUCUUACUUCUGGUCCCCUGAGGUCAGUUUUGACUCCUCAGAUAUGAGAAAUACAUUUUCUCGCUGCUCUUUUGGAGGGUGGUGCUGGAAGAGCAAGAUGCUCAUCCACUUUUAAUAUGGUUAUGAUUACCUGCUGCACCCCUGGGACUUGAAGCUGCUGCUUCGUGGCAAAGCCAAGUGCAUCAAAAGGUGUUUCUUAGGAUGCACUGAGGUGAAGGAAUCUCACAUGCUCUCUCUUGCGGGAGCUUAGAAAGCUCUCAAUAUUUCAGUCCCUGGCUGCUGUGACGCUAACCAGAAGAGAAGGCUACAUAGCCAAACUGAGCCAGACUCCGAAUAUAAAACAAACAAGGCCUGUUGAAAUCCAUGCUCCAUCUAUUGCUGUUAUUCAUUAUCACUGUCACACAAGCCAUCAGGUUUGUUGUGGAAAGUGAACAUGGUAGGAUCCGGAUUUCUUUGUUUGCCAAGGUGGAUUCAGGGUGAUGUAAUGGUGUUUGCUGUGUCCCCUUUCUGUGUUUCCUUUCAUAAGCUACAGUGCUAGACUAGAGCUCCCCCAGCAGCAUCACAUGGCUGUCUUUCUCCCUUCAAGUCAAAGGCAUGCAGCAGAAAGACCAAAGAGCCUCCUCAGUGCCUGCCUGCCUGCCUGCCUCACAACAAUAUGGCCAGAUUGUCAACUGCAUAAUUUUCCACUCUGCGCAUGUCCUUAUGUGACCAAUUAAAAAAUUGUUGUGGCUCAGAAUGUCUUACUCUCGCUUUGUUUUUGCUAGACUGCCUGACCUACCCCGAGCAAGGGAAAUGGUCACAUGACUGUCUAGUCACAUGAGACCCAGUAAUGCCUGCACAGAUUUUAUUUUAUAUUUUUUUUUAGAAAAAAGAGCUGCUAAUAUUCUGCAUCAGUGACAUCACAACCAAGUUUUGUUUAUCACAUUCUGAAAGCAUCCUUCAUCUGCAAUAUGCUAGUUACCUUGUUUAGUCCUCCAAUGGAAUGCAUUAACACCACAUCUUUUUAGUUUGUGGUUUAAAGCUUCCCAGGUAGGCUUAUUAGUUGUUGUAUUUUGCAGUCUUGUGUCAUGAUAAUACAGGUGUACUAAUGCAUUUAUACAAAUCUUCAAAAAUCAAUGAGUACUACCGGUGUAUGUAUCAUUAAUUUAAAUGACCGUUAGGAAAUAUUGCAGACUGUGGCUUUAAGUGUGUGACAACUGAAGUGCCAGAGUAUGUCCAUCAUAUUCUCCCAGGACCCAGGAGUGGGAUCACUCCAAUAUAGGUCACUCACAGGGCCUGGGCUCCAACAAGAGAUGAAACAGAAUAUGGUACUUUGUUUGUUCAGCAGCUGAAUCUUUUUUACAGCUGUCUUUACCAGCGUGUGUGCAGCACUGUCACGUCAUUGGCUUUUUUCAACCGUCUAAAAACAUUUAAUACCCUCCUUAAUCAUAAGCUGUGCAAAGCUCAGGCUCUGGUUUGACUUUAGUUUGGCAUUGAUAUGAGUUAGCGUGCUGUAAAUGGAAAGGGUUUACUGCGAUAACGUAAUACUGUGCUCCUAUAAGUCUAUCUUCAGCUCUUCAUUUAUGGUAAUGUGUUACCUGAGAGACUGGCACGGUCUUUCAAUUUUUCAUGCAUGCAAUUACAGUAGCCUAUGUGGUUGAAUGCUUUUACAUUUUCUAUUCUACUGAUUAGUAAUAUUUCAUGACUACUAAUUACCGUACUAUUGAAUUAUUGUGAAUAUAAUUCCAUUAACUCUAUAGCUGGAACAACACCUCUUAAAAGGCAGUGUUGUUGCUAUGCUGUGUCUACGGAUGCAUGCUGAGAUGCAGUGUGACCACACUUAGCAGGUGUCUGUGGAAUACCACUCAGGGUAAACAGAAGACAUAUUAUUCUGUUGUGUUUGACAAACAAAACAGUGAAAUAUCAGCUGAACUUGCAUAUAGCUCAGAGCUCAAAUCUGCCAGCCAUACUGUCACUGCUGUAUGCCCUCUGUCCGUACUUUAUGAUUCAAUUUCCAUAUCUGCCUUAUCUUGAAGUAAGAGGACAUAGCUGUGAUAAAACAUAGCCUAAGGAGUAUGUUUGUCAAACUGGUUGAAAAAUAAACGUGUCUUAAAUGUGUGUAGCUUUGCUAAAUGCAAUAAAAUGUGGAACAUAUUUUUUCAUUUUUCAUAUUCACGUUUCCUAUGUUUUGCUCGUGGAAUAAAUGUUUUUAAUCAGCCUUUAAGGUGAAUAUUUAAUUGUUGCCUUUGGGACCUGUAAUCUUCCUGAAAAACACUGUAAAAGUGUUACUUGCUCUGUACUGUAGAUCCACUAUUUAACCCAGAGAGACAGAUGGACACUAUGAAUAGUUUCAGGAAGUGUGUAUCUGUCCAUCCUGUUGGAAAGAUGUCACUCCAUGGAAAGCACACCACAUUGUCUCAAUGGGUUUAAUUUCACUUGGACACUUCCCCAGCGCCCCCUCCUCACCACCUGCGCCUAGGAUGGUGGUUGCACCAUGUUUCUCCAUGUUUCCCUCUUUCCUGCUCCAACGGAUCAGUGUUCUGAAUGGGCAGAGCAUCUUCAUGAACCCCAGGAUGGCUGGAGCAGUCGUGUUGUCAUAUGAACCCAAUUGCUGUCCACUGCCAUGGCUCAGCCUCUCAGUGAUCUCUCAGUGCUUCUGACCGAGGGCCCCAUAUGUUGGUCCCUGUCAGAGCAGGUGGCUUUCUGUGGGGGGUUAGGAUAGAUACAGGAAAGGUCUUCAGUGUGUCAUGUCUUGAAGACACCAAAUGCUGUCACACUCACACUUCUGAGCUUAUAGGGUCUUAUCAAAUGAAUAUCUACUGUUAGGGUUGGCAAUAAAGAACGUGCAAACUCAUUGUCAUAUAUAUUCAUGGAGGGCUUUUGAUUAUUGGUUUAUCAGAGCUUUUUAUAGGAUUAAUUGCUGCUAGUUCUUGGUAGACUCAAUGUUUGAGAUGAACAGUUCAGUGGGUAGCAUUAAUGGGAGACAGUGGGAUUGCAUCCUGGGGAUGUAGGCACAGGUCUGGUUGUACAAAGCCCGCCUGAUUCGGAAAUCCUUCCUUUUAGUUGAACAAUCCUCAGAUGAAUCAGUUGAGAAUGUGGUGUAUGCUCAGAAUGGAAGUACAAAUGCGCUCUGGAGGUUUGCCAGUAUUUCACCGGCUGCCUUCCAGAAGGCAAUAAACCCUGCUUGCUGCCCGUUCCUCAUCGUUCACUUGUGCUGAGGAAAGGUGCCUUUGAAAACACCACCACCGUAUCAGCACAGAUUCCAUGCGCUAGCUUUCUCUCGUAGGUUGAGAUUAUAUGUUUUUAAAUCACAGCAGCUGCUUAUGUGUGCCCCAGAUAUGUACUUAACAUCUAAAUUAAUUCCCUAUGCUUAUCCUGAACAAAAUAUAAGUGACCUAUUUAAGAUUAUGUUCCCACUGUCACAGUUUCAUAAUACUGCUCCCGGAUGACUAAGAAGUGUUUGUGUCCUCACAUGUUCUGCUCCUUUUGGGAAGUCAGUUUCUCCCCGCACCACUCAUGUUGUUGACAGGAGGGCACGGCCAGGCUGCUAUUUGAAUAACAAUAUUUCAUAUUUUCAAGAUGCAGUUAUAGAUUGAGUCGAUGUUGAUGAGAAACAUGGGAGACAGUCAAGACGUCAUCAUCAGGCCUCUGGGAUUGAUGAGUCAAAUAGAGAAUGAAUACGUUCCUCCCUUGUUAAGUCCAAUCUCUCUCCUCGUUUUCCAGAUGAAGGGCGCUACAACGGGUCAUCAGGACAUGCAGCUCUGCCUCAGGACCCAGCUGUGACCUCUAACCUCUCUGCCAGGGCAACGCCAGUGGAGGACGGGCCCCUGGCACCUCCAGUCGAGCCCACAGACCCAUCAGACCCAUCAGGGGCGACAGCAGAGAGCACCAGAGAGAAGCCAGGGUUCUCCUCUGUACUGACCCUGCUGGCUAGCUCAGACCAAGAGCCACAGGCCCCAGUGCAACCAUCAGUACUAGCUAAUGCCUCCUCAGCCUCCUCCUCAGUCUCCUCCUCAGCCAUCAACAAUGACAAUCAAACAGCUGGAACAACAGCCCCUGUAGCCAACAGCACCUCAAACACCAGCUCAGGUAGGACCCAAGUUCAAACAGUAAUCCACCCCAUCUAAUAGAAUUUAAAUAAUAUCAUCCAUAAUGCCUCAUGACUGUGGUUAGUGUCUACAGACUAGAGACUUUGUUUCCUUGUCCAUCAUCAUCAUCUGCACGUUCAUUCCCUCAAAAUCCAUUUCAUUUAAUUUGGUCCAGCUCAGUUCCACAUCACCCUGUCCCAUCCCCUCCAUCGUCUACCUCCCCGGUGCCUGCUGCUUCUUCCAGUCUGACAUCAUCCUCACAGUAUGUGACAUCAUCAAAAUGGGACAUUAUUCACCUGAUAUGAAUGACCAGAUGUGGCAUCAUCUAAACGCUGUUCGUUGUCUCAUUGCAGAGGAGGCGGUCAGCAGUUUGCCUGCGAACCCAGAUUUGCCUACAGUCCCAGCAGUUUCCUCUCUGGCCACACUGGGGGAGAGCGACUCCACCCUCCCAGACAAUGUGACUAGUCCUUUCUCCACUCACACAUGGAACACCACCACACCUGCAAGGGCUGACACCAACACCACUACACCAUCCACCACAGCAGCGCACACCAACCCAACACCAGACACUGUGACCAAUGAAAGUCUACAGCUCACGACUGUGACCACAACGACCGUAACGCCCCUGACCGUGACCACCACAACUUUGACACCCCAGACCACUACCGCUUCGACCACAGAGGCGGUUACGACCGUACCCAGGACCACUACAACCACACAGGAAGUGACCAACAUCCAAGAGACUACAUUGAUGACAACCACAACUGACCCACCCACCACGACGAACACAACCACAAGUGCUCCCACUACCACAACCGCUCCCACUACAAUUACAACUACCACUGCACCGACCACCACUUUGACUGUCCCCACCACCACCACAGAAACCACCCCUGGACCGACCACAACUGAACCUCCUCCCACCAGUGCUGAAGAGGAAAUUCAACCAUGUAACAUCACUGAGAAGACCUGGGUCAAAACAGGUAUGGGCUCUCAGUUCAAAGCUCAGUUUGAACAACCUUUCACUAACAUACACUGUGUUGUUUCUUUGAGUUGUUACAGUAUUUUUACCACCAUAAUAAAAGUCCUCUGGUUCCUUCCAAAGGAUUUCCUAUCAUUCACGUCCAGAAGACUGACACACCUCAUAUCUGUGUUUUCCUCCACAGUGUUGUCCAUGCAGUUGAGGAGGAACAGGCUUGAUAUCAUCGUGAGGCAGAAUCUGUCUAAAGGACUCACCCAUGCUCUACAGAGGGCCUUCAAUGACACCAGUGUUUAUGUCCAGGUCAGUAUUUGACUGUCCUCUACUCUCUGUGUUAGGAUGCUGUUACUGCUGCACUGUAACUGGAGAAGAAAAUCUACAUCAAAUACAGUAUGUGCCAUAGUCCUGUUCAAAUAUUGCAUCAUCCAUCUUCGCACUGUUGAAAAGCAUUUGGUAUUAGUUAUAGUAGCUGGCUACUCACGGUAUAAUAAUAAUAAUAAUAAUAAUAAUAAUAAUAAUAAUAAUAAUAAUAAUAAAGAAUUAGGUGCUUACAUUUGUCCUAUUUCACACAUGUACAAGUGUGUAUUAUACACAUGUGAAUUGGAAAUGUGUUUUUUGCAUAUCCCACACCCCCUGAGACACCCUCGGAGAGUGAGGUCACGGUCAGGGAUCAGCCAUUAUUGAUGGCGACCCUGGAGCAAUUAGGGUGAGGUGCCUUGCUCAGGGGCACAUCUACAGAUUUUAUUUUUCACCUAGUCGGCUCGGGGAGUCGAAACCAGCGACCUUUCGGUUACUGGCCCAACGCUUUUAACUGCUAGGUUACCUAGCGGUUAGGAACGUUGACAUGGCCACUUCUAAAGGAACUAUAGUGAGUGUAUUGACUUAUUCUUGCUCUCCUCUUAGCCUUAUUAUUCAUGGGGUCCAAUCUCUCACUGUGAUAGCAGAUGAGACUGAAGUGACUAAUGAUGAAAGGAUUUCAAUAUGAUAAUAAAUGGCCUCUUGAAUUGUGAAUAGGCUUUGCAUUAUAGAGGCUGUUAAGAGUAUGUGAAGAGAAUGGCUCUUAUGGACCCUACCAGCUGAAUGACUAAAACUCAUUAUUAUCAGCGUUUCCUCUUCGGAAAUGUCCAUUAUUCAGCUCUCAUUCUCUCUGUCUGUUUCUCUCUGUCUGUUUCUCUCUGUGUGUUUCUCUCUGUGUGUUUCUGUGUCUGUUUCUCUGUCUGUUUCUCUCUGUGUGUUUCUCUGUGUCUGUUUCUCUCUGUGUGUUUAUCUGUGUCUGUUUCUUUCUGUGUGUUUCUAACUACAGUGCUAUGAAAAAGUAUUUGCCCCCUUUCUAAUUUUCUCUACUUUUGCAUAUUUGUGAAACUGAAUGUUAUCAGAUCUUCAACCAAAACCUAAUAUUAGAUAAAGGGAACAUAAGUGAACAAAUAACACAACAAUUACAUAUUUAUUUCAUUUAUUUCAUGAACAAAGUUACGCAACACCCAAUUCCCCUUUGUGAAAAAGUAAUUGCCCCCUUACACUCUAACUGGUUGUGCCACCUUUAGCUGCAAUGACUCCAACCAAAUGCUUCCUGUAGUUGUUGAUCAGUCUCUCACGUCGCUGUGGAGGAAUUUUGGCCCACUCUUCCAUGCAGAUCUGCUUUAACUCAGUGACGUGUGGGUUUUCAAGCAUGAACUGCUCGUUUCAAGUCCUGCCACAACAUCUCAAUUGGGAUUAGGUCUGGACUUUGACUAGGCCAUUCCAAAACUUCCAAUUUGUUGCUUUUUAGCAAUUUUCAUGUAGACUUGAUUGUGUGUUUUGGAUCAUUGUCUUGCUGCAUGACCCAGCUGCGCUUCAGCUUCAGCUCACAGACGGAUGGUCUGACAUUCUCCUGUAGAAUUCUCUGAUACAGAGCAGAAUUCAUGGUUCCUUCUAUUAAGGCAAGUCGUCCAGGUCCUGAGGCAGCAAAGCAUCCCCAAACCAUCACACCACCACCACCAUGCUUGACCUUUGGUAUGAUGUUCUUACUGUGGAAUGCAGUGUUUGGUUUUCGCCAGGCAUAAUGGGACCCAUCUCGUCCAAAAAGUUGACUCAAGUUUGCCAAAAAGCACCUGGAUGAUCAUCAAGACUCUUGGAAGAACGUUCUAUGGACAGAUGAUUAAAAAGUAUAACUUUUUGGACGACAUGGUUACAGUAAUGCCUGGCGAAAACCAAACUCUGCAUUCCACAGUAAGAACAUCAUACCAAAGGUCAAGCAUGGUGGUGGUGGUGUGAUGGUUUGGGGAUGCUUUGCUGCCUCAGGACCUGGACGACUUGCCUUAAUAGAAGGAACCAUGGGUGGUCCUCUGUAGCUCAGCUGGUAGAGCACAGCGCUUGUAGCGCCAGGGUAGUGGGUUCGAUCCUCGGGACCACCCAUACACAAAAAUGUAUGCACGCAUGACUGUAAGUCGCUUUGGAUAAAAGCGUCUGCUAAAUGGCAUAUUAUAUUAUUAUGAAUUCUGCUCUGUAUCAGAGAAUUCUACAGGAGAAUGUCAGACCAUCCGUCUGUGAGCUGAAGCUGAAGCGCAGCUGGGUCAUGCAGCAAGACAAUGAUCCAAAACACACAAUCAAGUCUACAUGAAAAUUGCUAAAAAGCAACAAAUUGGAAGUUUUGGAAUGGCCUAGUCAAAGUCCAGACCUAAUCCCAAUUGAGAUGUUGUGGCAGGACUUGAAACGAGCAGUUCAUGCUUGAAAACCCACACGUCACUGAGUUAAAGCAGUUCUGCAUGGAAGAGUGGGCCAAAAUUCCUCCACAGCGACGUGAGAGACUGAUCAACAACUACAGGAAGCAUUUGGUUGGAGUCAUUACAGCUAAAGGUGGCACAACCUGUUAUUGAGUGUAAGGUGGCAAUUACUUUUUCACACAGGGGAAUUGGGUGUUGCAUAACUUUGUUUAUGAAAUAAAUAAAAUAAAUAUGUAAUUGUUGUGUUAUUUGUCCACUUAUGUUCCCUUUAUCUAAUAUUAGGUUUUGGUUGAAGAUCUGAUAACAUUCAGUAUCACAAAUAUGUAAAAGUAGAGAAAAUUAGAAAGGGGGCAAAUACUUUUUCAUAGCACUGUAUGUGUUUCUCUUGUCUGUUUCUCUCUAUCUAUUUCUCUGUCUGUUUCUCUUUGUGUUUCUCACUGUUUCUCUGUCAGUUUCUCUCUGUGUGUUUCUCUCUGUGUGGUCCGCUCUGUCUGUUUCUCUCUGUCUGUUUCUCUCUGACUCUCAGUCCUCUGUCUCAUCUCUCUCUCUCUCUCUCUCUAUCUCUCUCUCUCUCUCUCUCUCUCUCUCUCUCUCUCUCUCUCUCUCUCUCUCUCUCUCUCUCUCUCUCUCUCUCUCUCUCUCUCUCUCUCUCUCUCUGUCUAACUGAUGGCUGACUCAAGUUUAAGUCCAUUGAUUUCCUGCCGGUGUUGUCUGUCUGUCUGUCUGUCUGGUGUGUGAUUCAGUGGCUGCUACUCUAUCGCAGGCCUCCUCUCCUCUCCCCAUCAGAAUCCAUGUAUUAUUAGUGAGCCCGGAGGUGAUCAGCGGGAGACAACACAAACACCAGCUGCAUAGUUAGUGUGUCCGGGGGUAGCUAGCUAACACAUACUGGUAGAGACUGGUGAGGAGUGGGUGGUACUACAAAGGGCCAGAGACACUAGCCUUGACCCAUUGCUAUUGUAUUGGGUGUUAGCGAUCAAGAUAUAAACAACAUGUUUUCACUUCAGAUUGAACGGGAUCUCUGCAGCCCUCAUAAUGUCACCCUUGGGUACUAUGUAGCCAGUGGGAAAACGGUCUACAUAGCAUCUGUGGUGGUGGAGACGGUGAAGGCCUAUGGUUUUGACAAAGUCCUAGCAGACAUCCGGAAGCACAGUCCUCUGGUGAUGGCUGUUCUGGUCCCUGUGGCCCCCUGGGCCCCUAGCCUCAGUGUCCAUCUGCAGCUUAAAACAGGUGAGGCUCAUCAGGAACAACACUCCACAUCCAACACAGUAACACUGCUGGAUGAUGUGACCGUGAUUGUAGAGAAUGUUGUACUGUGCUGUCAUGUAUUGUAACUGAAUGUACUGUGCUGGUAUAUUGAUUGUUGCUCUGCUGUUUUUAGUUCUCAGGUUUGUAGGCCCAGCGGACAACAUCAAGUCCUGCAGUUUUGUUCAAGUGAUGGAACAACGGCUGGAGAAUGCGUUUGAGGAAGCUCAGGACAAAGUGCUGGAAUCUUACAGCGGGCUUUCUGUUGAGGUACAUUUAUGACUUGGGGUCAUAUUCAAUCACACACAAUUAGCAUAGUUGUUUAGAGGGUUGUAUUUACUUCAACAUGUCUGGUUUCGUCUGUGUUUGUUCAGAUCCAGAGCACCGCCCAGGCGAUUGGUUCUUCUGCCGUAUCUCUGGUCUAUGUGGUCAAGAACCAGGACGCGGUCCUGAACGGAACCGUCUCCAGUGGUCUCCUGAAUCAGCUGACCGCAGAGCUGGUGGGCUACUUCCUCUUCUUCCCCCCGCUCGUCAUCGCUGAGCGUAAGUGCCCCAAUGCAUCAUGGGAAGGGUUUGAGUGACAUGUUUUGCCUGGCUUUUUGUCCUUAUUUAUUUAUUUAUUUUCUGAUACAUGAAUAUUGAUGUCAUAUUCCCAAUGAGUAUUGUCCUUCAGCGAUAUUGUCCUUCAGCGAUAGCCAGGCUUGAGGUUAUUUCCGCAAAUUAAAUUAUAAAUCAAUUCCCUCUACUUGUAAAUUCCAUUUAAUUCAACUCAAAUUCCAGGUCAGUAUUUUAAUUCAGAGAUAAUUCAAUUAGUCUCAAUUCUAAUGUUAGUUAAAUUCCAAGAUUUCAAUUCCAUGUUCAAUAUUAUCCCCAACAAUUCCUCAAAUUCCAAUCGAAUUGAAUUCCUUCAGGCUUUUCUGGCUGUCCAUGUCGCUGUUCAGACAGUCUAGCUAUACUGGAAAUAUAGAAAUACAAGUUGAAAUGAUUUUAAACUAGUCCUCCGGUCAUUUUCUAAAAAAAUUAAUUCCAAAUAUUUAUAUUUCAAUUCUAAUUCAAACAGUCUAAUUCAAUUUCAAUUCCAUUACUUGAAGAUUGAAAUUUGAAUGAAAUUCAAUGUAAAUUCUCCACUUCAUAAGUGUGUGUUCUGAAUAUGAAAAUGUAUGCUGUCUUGAUACUGAUAAUUAGAUGUGGAUCUAAUUUACAAAGGAGAAGUUAUGGUUGCUCGCAUUUACAGUAAUCCGAGGAUCUUGUUGUUGUGCAGAGAGGAGACUGACUAGUUCACUUCAUGCUAAACCUUAAUCAUUUGCAUCACCUUCUGGGUGUUUCUUCACAGAAUGGGUAAUUUUAGCAUGAAGGGAAGAUCAGAUAACGUUCUAUUUAUAUUUACACACUACCUCAGGAUUUCAUCUCAUGCUGUCAAAAUGAAUCCUUUACCAUUUGAAUAUUCAGGGCUCGGACAGUUUCAAAAUGAUUACAGAGUGUCAAACAGAGAGUUAUGAGGGAUAAGGUGCCACUGCAAAGUCAGAGGCAACAUCCCUGCUGGCCUCCAGCCAGCUGCAUAAUAAGACAGAAAAUGUGGAAUUUAUCAGGCAUGCAGCCAGGCACCCAAUACUAAGCUCUUCUCUAUUCUCUCUUCUCUUCUCUUCUCUUCUCUUCUUCUGGGUAGAGGAGCGGGAGAGGAGAGGAGAGGAGAGGAGAGGAGGAGGGAUGAGGAGAGGAGAGGAGAGGAGAGGUCGAGAGGAGAGGAGAGUAGAGGGAGCGGAGAGGAGAGGAGAUGGGAGGGAGAGGAGAGAGAGAGAGAGAGAGUAUCUUAUCUCUUCUAUCUCUCUCAUCCUAUCUCUCUCUUAUCUCUCUAUCUAUCUCUCUCUAUCUCUCUCUCUCUCUCUCUCUCUCUUCUCUCUCUCUCUCUCUCUCUCUAUGUGUUUGUUCCCUCUAUCUGUGUCUGUCUCCAUCUCUCUCCCCCCUCUCCCUCCACAGCACUAGAGUACUACAACCUCAACACAUCCACUGCCACCAAGCACUACUGGGUGAUCACAGGUAAUUCAAAGUGUCAUUGAUUUUCACUAACUGCUAGUUAGUUAGUGCUUUGAUCUACUGUUGUGUAAAUUUGUAUGCCAGUGGUUUUUUUCCCUCAACAAAUUUGAGCUCCUCUUUUCCCUCUGAAUGCUAUUGAUGCAUUAUUUAGAGCUUCCGGACAUCUGCUUCUGAAAGAUCACAUCGGAUCAGGGCUCAGUGUGAAGGAGGCAUUAUUUUGUGAGCGGUCUCUAAAUUAGCUUUAGCCUCCCCCUGUACCUUUCUGCUACUGUCAUGAUGAGACCACUGUGUGCCAAGGUCAGCCUGACACUAUAAUGGGACUUACAGGUUUUACAUUGAGGGAUGAAUAACCAAACCUCUGUCCUCCACUGUCCCUCUCCCACCUCUUCAUCUCCUCUCUUAUCCUCUUACCUCUCCCCCUCUUCUCUCUCUCUCUCUCUCUCUCUCUCUCUCUCUCUCUCUCUCUCUCUCUCUCUCUCUCUCUCUCUCUUUCUGUACUCCACUGCUCUGCAGUAAUUCAGGAUGUUGACAGCUCAUCUCUGGAGAGGAAUUAUCAGAGCUUUGCUAGUUUAAUGGAGCAGCGGCUGGCUGAGCUGUUUUUGGUGGCUGGGCGUCAGGGGAGCCAGGGGAGCCGUUUUAGAAGGGCCACUACUGUCGGAGACUACACUGUCCAGGUGAGUCGGGCACGCAUGCACUCCCACACACACGGGUUGCAUGCUCACUCACUGAUAAACAACCUCUGUGUUCAGUCAAACAUUUAAAAUGUUUUAUGUUCACUUGCCAGAGUUUGACAAUUUUAUGAAGAGCCACAUAAUUUAUAUUUCCUCUUUUAUGUUUUGCCACAUUUUUAUGUAUAGUCACAGAUUAUCAGGUUUUAUGAGGGGGGAGGGAGCUCAUGUAACGGAUGUUGAUCUCUUCCAUUUAACACUCCCCCUUCUUUAUGGCAAGCUUUAAUCACAGCCCUUGAUUAAACCGUUAUGACAUAAAACAUUUGAUCUAUAAUAAAAUAAGAUUAAUUCCACUGGUUCAUAUUAAUCCCAUGAGUGUGGUCCUUGAGUGCUGUUAUUUUCGAGUGUUUGCCCCUUCAGAUAACGUCGUUCUUAUUAUAGUAAUGGCUCCUUAAUGCAAUAUGACAGCACUGAAUCCACCAAAUUGUGUUGUUCUUGUUUAGAUGGUUGGUAUUCGUCGACUCCCUGGGCCAAAGAGCCCGGCCGAAAUGACUUACUAUGCCCAAAUGAACGGUGCCCCCAUAACUGGCACCACUGCAGCCAAGACCCUCAGUACCUUGGAUUCCCAAACCAUGGCUCUAACCCUGGGCUACUUUAUCCAGCUUCAAGCCGAUCGUAGGUUAUCUUCACAUCUUUACCAAACAGCCAUAACAUUAUUCUCUUAGAUGAAGUGUACAGAACUAACUUUUCAGUCAGCACACACAGAUGGAUGCACAGGAGUAAUUGCAGUAUGUUUUUGUUUUGCUCAAACUGAAGCACAUAUACAGUGAGUGUACACAAAAUUAUAAAUACCUGCUCUUUCCAUGACAUAGACUGACCAGGUGAAAGCUAUGAUCCCUUAUUGAUGUCGCUUGUUAAAUCCACUUCAAUCAGUGUAGAUGAAGCGGAGGAGACAGGUUAAAGAAGGAUUUUUAAGCCUUGAGACAAUUGAGACAUGGUUAAGAGGGUGAAUGGGCAAGACAAUAUAUUUAAGUGCCUUUGAACUGGGUAUGGUAGUUUGUUCCCUUUGGAACAAUUUGGACAUCGGGGGGGGGGGGGGGGGGGGGGGGUGUUUGUAAUGUUUGGUAUACUCAGUGUAUCUGUCUCAUAGCCUGUUUAAUAUCUAAGUGCCUCAAUAAUUACGUAAUGAUUGCAAACAAUAACACAUAUUGAUAGAUGGUGUGUGUGGGUGGUGUAUUUAUUUAAUCUCCAUGGUUUCCGACAGCUGUGGUAAAGGUCCCACCUGCCAAUCUGUGGAUCAUGGCCGUGCUGACGCCUGUUGCCCUGGUGAUGGUUGUUGUUGUCAUGGUCACCGCCAUCCUGUGCAAGAGGAACAGGGUCAUCUUCAAGACAGGUGCUUUCAGGAGCUUCAAAACACGCUCUAAGGUGAACUUUCCAUAUCUCUUAACAUCUUCAUGUGCAGUUCAGAGAAAUGUCUUAGCACUUAUCUUGUGUUCGCUCAAUUACUUAUAGCCAAUGGUGAUGGAUGCUCAAUGAGCAUGAUGGGGGUGAAAUGAGAAUCCAGAUGGUUAAUGUGCUGGAAUCAAAUCAUCCGCUAAAUGUCCCUUUAAUUGUCUUCUUGUUUAGACGUCCUAUCGGAGGGAGGGCAGUUAUCACCGCCAGGUAUUGACUGAGUGUUAUUGUCAAUAAAUGCAUGUGGCUGUGCUUGGGAGAGGACAUCCCUCCUCUGUUGACAGUGCCUGGGGGAAAUCAAUGGAAGGGAUGGAGGGGGCUCACCGGGGCUCAUCGUCUAUGAUCAAUGGACCAUUCUAUACAUCCCUGUUCCUUUCAAAUGCGUAGUAAUGAUUGUUAUCCACCAGGCUUCUUCUCAUCCCGUCUCAUCUCAUAUCAGCUAGUGGCUUCGUGGUGGAAUCCAAGCCAUCAGUAAUGUUGUUACUGGAUUAAAUAUGGUGCCAUUUAGAUUCAUAGAGAUAAUAUGGAGGAGCAUAAACAAGAUCCCCCACCCUAAAACAUUUCAGAUUCAUCAUGGACUCCGUCCUUUCACAACAUGCACUCAUGCAGCAGCAGAGAAAGUCAGCUGAUUUCAGUGUUAUUUCUGUACGUCAUUCCAUCAUCACUCCCCCCAGAGAAACAGAUGUACUAGCUCCAGCUUAUUUUGUAGGACAAGGUCAGAGAUACACAUGAUUAGUAAAAAUAGGAUAGUAGGAUAGGACUUCUCUCCCAAAACAGGGCCUGUUUCUAUUAGCACAGUGUCUGCUUACUGUAUUUACAUUUGAGAGUGCAGUGCUUCAAGGUUUUGUUGAUUUGUAAAACUGUUUGUAAACAUUAAAUGUCACUGGGUUGUUUUGAAUGUGACAUAAAUCAUUUAAAGCGUUCUGUCUUUCCCUUUCUGACCAGAGAUGUGGCACGCAUGCACAACUACUGAGAUAAAUGUUCUUAUAAUUAUUUGGUUUAUGAAUAGCUUGUGGCGAUAUGGCAAAAGAACGUGGUAAAUGCUUUGAGUUAAGCUCUUUGGCUCCACUACUCCACUGCACAUAUUUGCAGUCUGUUGCAGUGUAAUGUGUUGGUGUCCAAACGUUCUGGGAAUGAAGACAGAAUACCAAGCAGAGCAUAACCCACUAGAGAGAUAGUGGGCUUCAUGAACCUCUAGUCCACAGCACACAAUUAUCCAUCAAAGUGAGACGACAACGUCAAGCUGCAAAUCAAUGGCAUGGCUUCAGUCUGCAUGUGUGUUUCUGCAUUAACCAGGAAAUAUGUGAAUCUAUUUCAUUGCUCUCCAAAUCCACUAUGUGAUAUUGUCCAUCAUGUCAAUCAUAAUUUAGUUGUUCAGAGAGGUUCUACCAUGAGGUUUCUUUACAUAAAGUCCCUUGGGGGUUUAUCAAACCUCUGUCCCGUGACUCCAUCAGUAUACUGAAUGAGCCAAGUCAAAACACAGAAUCCAUCUUUGGGCGAUUCCACGCCAGCAGGAGCAGAAAAUAUUUUUGGUAACUCAGAUUGUUCAGGCAAUUCUCACAUAGAAACUUCAUUCGGAGGAAAGAUUUUCAACAUGCAUUUUACAUUUGUAUCACCAUGUUUUUCUUUUUUUUGUUAAUGAAAGUGGACAUUUUGGGGCCUUUUUAGACCUAUACAUGCCUCCUGCAAGACCCUAUGAUCUGUGAACCGUGGAUGAUACAGACAACAUCUUGGUGUCAUUAUACUCCUUAUAGUGUGCUCUAAAACAUGGAGUAGGUCUUGAUUCUGAAAUAAACCAUUUCACGUUAAUUUAUUUAACAUUAAACAUAAUAAUAUUAAAAUCUUAAAACUACCCUUGUUGAUUUAGAUUAUUUUAGACAUAUUGUUUGGAACAAUAUACUCUACAAGUACAUAACAUUUCCAGAGUAGGCUGUCUGCUAAUUCUGAAGGUAUGAUCUAUUUUAUGAGCACCACCAAUACAGUGAAUGGGAAAAUGGAGUCAAAAGGAACUGCUGGUGACUUGCUGAAUGUGCAAUCCUAAAGGAGUGCUGUGAUUGGUUAAUGACCUAUAAUGUCAUUUAAAGGACCAGAAAUCCCACUCUGGAAAUUUGACCUGUUUGAAGAGUAUAUUGUUACAAACAAUAUGUUUAAAAAUAAGCUCAAUCAAAAAGGGUCGUUUUUAAAUAUUAAUAUUUGUAAUGUUGAAUAAAUGAAGAAUCUAGACAUACUCCAUAUUUUAGAGCACACUAUAAGGAAUAUAAUAAUAUAAAUGGCACCAAGAUGUUAUCUGUAUCAUGUACGGUUCACAGAUCAUAGGGUCUUGCAGAAGGCACGACCCUAGGACAGUAGGUCUGAAAAGGGCCUAAAAUGGCCACUUCCAUCAUGAUUGAAAAGAAAUACAUGUUUAAUAUAAAAAUAAUUUCUAACAUCCUUCCUCCCAAUGAAGUUUCUAUGUGAGAAUUGCCAGAACAAUCUGAGAUACCUAAAAUAUUUUCAGCUCCCGCUGGUGUGGAAUCAGCCCUUUGUCAAAUCCAUCACAGAGUAGCCUUGUGCAGAGUCUUGGAUCAACUCCAUGUCUUUAUCAAACUGGGCAGUUGAAAGGUGACCAUUUAGAAAGUCAAUGUAAUCAAGUGGACAGAGGCCUGCCUCCUGCCAGUGAAAAAUAUAUGUGUUGAGCUCAGCCUUUAAGGUUAAUCUGUAGAAACAUUCCCCCCAACUGUGAAUUUCCAAUAUGAUGAAGCCAUAGUGGCUCUAUACAUUACCUCUGCCAGACUCACUGUCGUGAAAUAUCACUAACCUCAGGAUGAGGUGAAGAUGUCCGCACGGUACAGUGUAUUGAUUUCUCUCCCAUUUAGCUGUGUGCUGCGACCAUGUGUGAUAAUACACUGGAUGGCACUGAGACUCUUUCAUUAUUAAAGCUGUGGGCAGUUAUAUUCUCCCUUCUUAUCCCCACAUGCACUCAAGUAGAAAUACAUUUAAUAUAAUGUAUUUACGUAUUUAGUUUUCCUAAAAUAGUGUCUGCACUGUGAUGCUCCUUUUUGCUGUUUUACAAACCUGAGAGGCUUCAUGAAAUUAGAGUAAUUUGGUUAUAUAAAGAAACUGCCUAGACCUCAUAGACAUUAACAAAAAUAUAAAUCAUAAACCAAUUACAUUUUCCAUGGCUUUCCUCCACUAUAUCUCAACUUCAAAGGUGCCAUUAGACGUUUCGUUUAACAUUUAGUAGAAUCUCAUUCUUUACUUGCUGACUGAGAGAAAACAGAGCUCACCGAGCCGACUGCUCAUUUACCUUAUCUGUAAAUGAAAUGUCAUUCUCAGAAAGCACUCCUUUACUUUACCAUAUGUCAUCGUAAACCCUUUCCUAACCCUCUCUGUCCCAGCCUGUGCAGGGAUUUGACUAUGCCAAGAAGCAUAUGGGCCAUCAGCAAGGUGAGGAGACCAUCUCUGUUACCAAGGAGACGCUGGUCCUGGGCCUCCCGGUGAGAGAUGCCCCGUUGUCAUUGGACAGGAAGGUGCACCAGGAUGGGACCGCCUCUAAAAGACCACCUUCUGCUGACAUCAUCCACAAAGGGUAAGAAGAACACCAAAUUAAAUAAAGACAGAAUGAUAGGAUCUCUAUGAAGAAUGAUCCCUGUUUACUACAGAUUACCAGAACACAUUUGGAUUUGUUUGUGCCAAUACUUUAAGUCAAGGAAAAUUCACAAUAAGUAUGACAGUCUUGGACAGAUUGCAUAGAAUCUGCUUAAAUCUGCUCAUGUUGACUGGCUUACAGUUUGCCUGGGUGUUGCCAAUUCCCGGAUUCGUAGCCGUCUAUCACUCGGUUAAGGCAAUCGAAAGCUAAAAUGUUGUUACAUAACAUGAGUCAUGAAUGAGUUAUUGCCGUGCCACAAAAUGGAUACAGCCUGCUCUCUUUCCUCUUGUCUAGAAGACAAAGCCAAGCUUGAGCUGCUGUUUUGAGCCAUCUUUCCUUUGAAUUUCCCACGCAUUAAAAUUCUCAUUCUAACACAGAGAAAGACAUUUACAGACCACCAAAGCCUUGAUUAUUUUAUUGACCCAGCCCAAGAUAUCAGUCAUUGUCUUAAAGCUGUCAAAUGCAGUAUAGCUCCCAUAUCUUUGGCUGAUUAAGACCCACUCGGGCUUUUUAAUGUCAUAUUUACGGCUGCCAAGCUGGAGGUGUGACACCAGUCUGUUACAAUGAUCAUUAGGUCUUGAAGGCACUGCAGUGUAGUAUUGGAAAUAUCUCCAAUGCUUUGAGUAUUUGCGCUAGCCUACCUGGAGUACCAGAUGAGGGUGGGAGGGUUGCAGUUGUUGGACUAUUAUAUUGGUCCUUCAACCCAGGCAAGCUCAAUCAAACACCAAUAAAGUCUUUAAAAUUAUUUUAUAUAUUAUGUUAACCCAGGUCUGCUGCAGCGGCCACUAUUCCAGUCACCCUUUGGGUGGACCCCAGGGCUCAUUCAGACUGGGAUGAGCAAGGCUUCAAAAGGCUACAAAACACACAGCUGUGCAGUGUGAUGAUUAAAGAAUAAAACGCCUUUGAAAAGGUACUGAGAAUAGUAAUUGGUAAAACAAACAGGCGGUAAAUACAUAGUGGUGUAAAGUGAAUAGAGGCUGAACACUGGGCAUGGAGACGUGAGUGAGCUACACAGCCUGGAGAGAUCCUUCCAGGGCCAUGUUUGAGUCAAUGUCCUCUGGGCUCAGGUUGACAGGAAUACACACAUUCUCUCUCUCUCUCUCUCUCUCUCUCUCCUCUCUCUCCUCUCUCUCCUCUCUCUCUCUCUCUCUCUCUCUCUCUCUCUCUCUCUCUCUCUCUCCUCCUCUCUCCUCUCUCUCUCUCUCUCUCUCUCUCUCUCUCCUCUCUCUCUCUCUCAGCACAGGGGUAGAACUGUACAUCAUUAUAGAAGCCUCAUGAUUGUGAAUGCGGAUUCCAUUUAGUAUUUCUGAAUGCAUUACACCAUUAGAAUAAUCUAAUCUCGGUUAACCCAGAACUAAAAUCACGCAUUUGGUCAGAUGCUCGAUUAUGUUUAAGUAGUCUGUCCAUGAGGGAUUAAUAAUAAUUUGAUACAAACAUUCUGAAGAGCAAUGUGGAUAUGAGCUGACAUAAUGGGUGUGCGUUUUCCUAGCUGUCUUAUCUGACAUAACAUCAGGUUCCUGUGUUAGUCACUGGUGUCAGCCUGUUGGUUACCCCUGAAAAGAUACCAGGGGAGAUAGUUUGACAUUAAGAUGGAAUCGCCCACUGUUCCACUACAUUUAGAGGUGUCUGUCACCAGGGUUGGAGAGUAACUGAUUACAUCAUGUUACAUGUAAUCCAAUUACAAAAAAACGAACUGUAAUCAGUUACGUUACCAUGAACAAACAUUGUAAUCAGAUUACAGAUACUUUUGAAAAACAAUAUGAUUCUUUUUAAAUUCAGAAAGGAUGUUUGCGAAAAAAGACACGACACCUUUCUGUUUUCUCAAUGACAUUCAAUUCAGCAUUGAAAAAAGGUGCAAGUUUAAUUUUGUUCCACCUGAGCGAGUCUGAGACCACUAUGAUGACGCACCAAAUGCGUUUAAUGGAUCAUUUUUGUCGUCUUCUAAUGCUGUAAUCUAAAAGUAACGUUACUGAGUUUGGGUAAUCCAAAAGUUAAAUUACUGAUUACAAUUUUGGACAGGUAACUAUAGUAACUGUAACGGAUUACAUUUAAAAAGUAACAUACCAACCCUGUCUGUCACAUACUGCAGCCAUAUUUCACAGGUUAGAACAGUGGCCAGGGGGCUGUUUGAUAGCAGCAUUAACCUUGGAUAAUACUGUAUGCACAGAGCUUACCACUGCCUUACUCUGUUGCUAUGGUUACCCAUGGCAGGUUGCCAAGUGAGGACGGCUCGGUUACGAGCAACGAAUCCGGGAAACUCAACACGGGCAAGAGCUCGAUGGUACGGAGGGCUGCGGCACAGAACAGCGCCAAGGAGGAUCUGUUACACAAGAGGAACGGUGAGAGAGAGGAGAGAGGCCAUGCUCCGGCUACUGUACUGCUGCCCACCACAAUAUUGUGUCAUCACACAGGCUUGAUACGCUAUAUGGCCAUUAGAGAGAGCUAAUGAAUUGUACAUGAAAAAUAAGCACUUACUGUAUAUGCAGGGAUGCAUGCAGUGCAGGCACACACACACACACACGGUAUGCACCAUGCACACACACACACACACACACACGCACAAGCAUCUUUCUAUUUCCCCCCUGUCUAACUGCAGUAUCUGUAACACUCAGGCAGUGUAUGUGGGGAUGUGAGGAAGGGUCUGAUGAAUAAUAAAAGGAUGAUGCAGUGUCAGCCACUGAAGGUCCUCGUUGUUCUUGAACUUCAGAUAUUUACUUUACUGGAUGCAUCAAUUAAAAGGUGACAGUCUAGUGGAAUUGCAUUUUUACACAUGAUUUCAACUAUUUUUCCAUUGUUGUUUGGAAGUUGUCUAUAAUGAUUGAUAUGCCUUAAUAGCGCAAGGUUAGAUUACACACUGCAUUACAGUAAGCGAAAGACAUCGCAUUGUCAAUGGCCUAGCCAUUUCAGAAAUUAUGUUGGGACAAUGUCCAGGCAAUAUUGUUACUGUGGCAUCUAGAAAGCUUUCAUUUUCAGCCCUCUAGCAAUGGUUACCCAACAUUUAUUGGUGCGAUCUAUUAUAACGUCUGUGCAACAAGCCGUACAACUGCAAAUGCCUCGCGGAAGUCGAAAAUGAGUAAUUGUAUCAUUUCCCUCUCAAGACCUUAAUGUACAUUUAGAAUGCCAUUUACUUUCCCUUGGGUAUAAGGCAUCUCUUAUAUUUUCUAGUUGUCAUACAUGAAUACUUUUCCCAUGUCGACAGUAUAUGCAGAGUGAUCUGAGCAUUGAAGCAGUUAACCUAGAACAACAUCUGCUCUGCUCUGUGUGAUUGGUGCUGAUGAGAGACGGAUACACCGUUAACCCCACUGUAGCCAACCGCCAUAUGAAGUCAAUCAGUGAAGUGCUCACAGCAGUAUCAGUCAUAGCUGGGCUAGCUAGUGCUGUGCUAAUUAGCAAUGUCCUCUCAUCCCAGCAGAUCCCUAUGAGGACCACACUGGCUCACUGCGACUCAUCACCAUCAAGCCAAUGGCGGCCCAGCCCACAUACUCCUACCCAUCCUCCUCCAAUCACAGCCAGGACUCAGUCGUCCUCAAUGGGGAGGUGAGACACCACCCCCGGCCUGCUGGGAAUUAUGUCAUAUUGAGUCUGCCAGAUGAAGAUUCUAAAGAUGAACGUUCUGGAUAUGUACAGUAAAAGCAGUGUAGAAGUGGAACUAUAUUGCUGCAGACAUCAAAGGGUUAGGGCCAAUGGGAAGUAGGAAAGGAUUUGGAACUGAUUGUUUCUUUAUAGAGGAGAGGGACCUCAGUAGAAACCUGAACAAGUUUACUUCUAAUACCAAGUAAAGUCAAACUAGAAUCAAUACUAAUGAAAUACAAAUGACUUCGUCCACAGGCAAACGUGGGGCUCAAGCAGAAGUCCGACAUCGAACACUACAGGAACAAACAACGCCAGAAAGCCAAUAGAAAAGCCUACUGUGAUUUCCCCGUCACAGACAAUGGCAUCCACCCAUUCAACCCCAGAGAGAGGCACAGCAGGCAUGAGAAUGCCAAGGAGCCAAUGACUGCUGAGGAGAAGAGGGCCUCCUAUGCAGGAUGCCACAUCAGGAGGUGGGAGAGCAGAGACAUUUCUAUUUUUGCAUCCACAUUAUGUAAUAUGCCAAGAGACAUACAGUAUGCUACAGUAUACAGGAAGCGUUCAUUUCAUGUUUGAGUGGGUGUUCAGUGUAAACAGAUCCGCUGGUUCAAAAGUUACUUUUCAGAAUGCCUGUGCUGCAGCACCUGUACAUUGUUAAUGUGACAAAAUCUCUUGCAGGGUGACGCCAAGCGGCAAGUUUGUUUGCAAUCAUCUAACAACAACUUAUGUAAUGAACACUGGUCACUUUAAUAAUGUUUCCAUACUGUUUCACCCACUUUAUAUGUACAGUAUCUCACAAAAGUGAGUACACCCCUCACAUUUUUGUAAAUAUUUGAGUAUAUCUUUUCAUGUGACUACACUGAAGAAAUGAGACUUUUCUACAAUGUAAAGUAGUGAGUGUACAGCUUGUAUAACAGUGUAAAUUUGCUGUCCCCUCAAAAUAACACAACACACAGCCAUUAAUGUCUAAACCGCUGGCAACAAAAGUGAGUACACCCCUAAGUGAAAAUGUCCAAAUUGGGCCCAAAGUGUCAAUAUUUUGUGUGGCCACCAUCAUUUUCCAGCAUUGCCUUAACCCUCUUGGGCAUGGAGUUCACCAGAGCUUCACAGGUUGCCACUGGAGUCCUCUUCCACUCCUCCAUGACGACAUCACGGAGCUGGUGGAUGUUAGAGACCUUGCACUCCUCCACCUUCCGUUUGAGGAUGCCCCACAGAUGCUCAAUAGGGUUUAGGUCUGGAGACAUGCUUGGCCAGUCCAUCACCUUUACCCUCAGCUUCUUUAGCAAGGCAGUGGUCGUCUUGGAGGUGUGUUUGGGGUCGUUAUCAUGUUGGAAUACUGCCCUGCGGCCCAGUCUCCGAAGGGAGGGGAUCAUGCUCUGCUUCAGUAUGUCACAGUACAUGUUGGCAUUCAUGGUUCCCUCAAUGAACUGUAGCUCCCCAGUGCCGGCAGCACUCAUGCAGCCCCAGACCAUGACACUCCCACCACCAUGCUUGACAGUAGGCAAGACACACUUGUCUUUGUACUCCUCACCUGGUUGCCGCCACACACGCUUGACACCAUCUGAACCAAAUACGUUUAUCUUGGUCUCAUCAGACCACAGGACAUGGUUCCAGUAAUCCAUGUCCUUAGUCUGCUUGUUUUCAGCAAACUGUUUGCGGGCUUUCUUUUGCAUCAUCUUUAGAAGAGGCUUCCUUCUGGGACGACAGCCAUGCAGACCAAUUUGAUGCAGUGUGCGGCGUAUGGUCUGAGCACUGACAGGCUGACCCCCCACCCCCACCCCUUCAACCUCUGCAGCAAUGCUGGCAGCACUCAUACGUCUAUUUCCCAAAGACAACCUCUGGAUAUGACGCUGAGCACGUGCACUCAACUUCUUUGGUCGACCAUGGCGAGGCCUGUUCUGAGUGGAACCUGUCCUGUUAAACCGCUGUAUGGUCUUGGCCACUGUGCUGCAACUCAGUUUCAGGGUCUUGGCAAUCUUUUUAUAGCCCAGGCCAUCUUUAUGUAGAGCAACAAUUAUUUUUUUCAGAUCCUCAGAGAGUUCUUUGCCAUGAGGUGCCAUUUUGAACUUCCAGUGACCAGUAUGAGGGAGUGUGAGAGCGAUGACACCAAAUUUAACACACCUGCUCCCCAUUCACACCUGAGACCUUGUAACACUAACGAGUCACAUGACACCGGGGAGGGAAAAUGGCUAAUUGGGCCCAAUUUGUACAUUUUCUCUUAGGGGUGUACUCGCUUUUGUUGCCAGCGGUUUAGACAUUAAUGGCUGUGUGUUGAGUUAUUUUGAGGGGACAGCAAAUUUACACUGUUAUACAAGCUGUACACUCACUACUUUACAUUGUAGCAAAGUGUCAUUUCUUCAAUGUUGUCACAUGAAAAGAUAUACUCAAAUAUUUACAAAGAUGUGAGGGGUGUACUCACUUUUGUGAGAUACUGUAUAUACUGUAUUCUAGUCAGGGCUCAUCCUACAUAACUUAUUUUAGUAUUUUUCUGGAUGAUGUGUAUUGUUUAUUUUUAUUGGCAAGUAUUACUGCACUGUUAGAGCUAGAAACAUAAUCAUUUCGCUGCACAUGCGAUAACAUCUGCAAAUCUGUGUACAUGACCAAUAAACUUUGAUUUGAUUUGAAAUACAUAUUUGAAAUGUCUGAAAUAUUCCUGUGAUGGUGCAAACCUGUGAUGAUGAUUAUGAUGCCAAUGAUAAUGACAAUGGCGACUAUGAUAUCCUUACUUCAGGCACCCCCCAUCCAGAGAGCCAGCCUACUGGAGCCGUCAGUCUCUGGCCACCAGCAGCCCUAGCCCCCUGGAGACAGAGAUGGACCUGCUGGUUCUGAGGGAGAGGUCCAGAAGAGGCAUCCGCAACAGCGGCUAUGACGUGAGUCCUCACUGAAUAUCACUGCUGUACAGUGUCCAUUUUAAGACAUCCAUGAGAUGUAAAACAGGCAUGGGCAAUUCCAGUCCUUGCGGGCCGGAGUGGUGACACACUUUUUCCCCAUCCCUAGCAAACACAACUGAGUAAACGAAUUGCAUUCUAAACUAAAGAUCAUGAUUAAUUGAUUAUUGGAGUCAGUUGUGUUAGCUGGGGCUUGGGAGAAAGUGUGACACCAAUCAGGCCACCGAGGACUGGAGUUACGCAUUCCCUGUCCUGAAAUGUACACUGUACUGCGGAAGUCACUGCAGUGUGAAUGUCCUAAAAUGAACACCAUACUACUGGAGUCACUGCAGGGUGAAUGUCCUAAAAUGAACACCAUACUACUGGAGUCACUGCAGGGUGAAUGUCCUAAAAUGAACACCAUACUACUGGAGUCACUGCAGGGUGAAUGUCCUAAAAUGAACACCAUACUACUGGAGUCACUGCAGGGUGAAUGUCCUAAAAUGAACACCAUACUACUGGAGUCACUGCAGGGGCAAAAGGGGUUGAGCCUAGAUAAGUUCUGAUACUGGGGUGCAAUAACCUAGAGAAAACCCUAGAACAAAGCUUGCCCCAUUAUGCCUAUCUCUCCCAAUCCUUAUUCUAAGCUCUAUGGCUCAAAUAAAGAGGAUUACCUUCAUCCAAACUUUAAAACCACCAUCUAGCACAGCGAUGGAGCUCGUUCUUAGAGCUAUCAUUUUAUGCUGCCUGCACAGGCACUACAUUGCUGAAUGUCAGUGACCGUGAAUAUGAUUAUAGCCUGUUCAGUGAUUCAGAUGCGAAAUUCGAUACCAGUUAAUAUACUGAACAAAAAUAUAUCCGCAACAUGCAACAAUUUCAAAGAUUUUACUGAGUUACAGUAAAAUAAGGAAAUCAGUCAAUUUAAAUAAAUAAAUUAGGCCCUAAUCUAUGGAUUUCACAUGACUGAGCAGGGGUGCAGCAAUAGGUGGGCCUGGGAGGGCAUAGGCAGUCAGGCCCACCCACUGGGGAGCCAGGCCCAGCCAUUCAGAAUGAGUUUUUCCCCACAAAAGGGCUUUAUUACAGACAGAAAUACUCCUCAGCAUUUCCUGCAGUCAGCAUGCCAAUUGCACGCUCCCUCAAAACUUGAGACAUCUGUGGCAUUCUGUUGUGUGACACAACUGCACAUUUUAAAGUGGCCUUUUAUUGUCCCCAGCACAAGGUGCACCUGUGUAAUGAUCAUGCUGUUUAAUCAGCUUCUUGAUAUGCCACACCUGUCAGGUGGAUGGAUUAUCUUGGCAAAGGAGAAACGCUCACUAACAUGGAUGUAAACAAAUUUGUAAAAUGUCUGGGAUUUUUUAUUUCAGCUCAUGGGACCAACACUUUACAUGUUGCGUUAAUAGUUGUGUUCAGUGUAGCUCUGAAUGUGCUAAGCUUUUAAAUUGCAAAUGGAUAACCCUGUGUGUGUGUGUGUGUUUGUGUGUGUGUGUCCGUCUUCCUGUGUGUCAGGUGGAGCCGUUUGAGGAGACCAACGUGGACCGACUGAUGAGCUCCUUGGGUUAUGGUGGAAGCCAUCAGGUCAAGGGUCUCUCAGACUCGUCCACUCUGAGCUCUCAGCCUUCCAUCGGCGAGGUCCGUCAGCAGAUGCAGCUCCUGCUGGGUAAUGCCUUUGGGCUGGCCCCAGACGAGGCCCCGCCCGCCAACCACCACCACCACCCCCACCUUCACCCCCACCUCCACAGUUCCUACAACCCCAGCCACACCAGCCCUUACUCCGAGGGGGUGACCAGUGCCCCUGGCACCAUGAACCACCCAUGUGGAGGAGGCCGUCAGCGUGGUUCUCCCUACGGGCCGGAAAUGCACCAGUGUAGCUUACCCAAGCCUGUGAGUGCAUUGAUUAGACCGUGCAAUAAAGCAAAUGAUUUAUUUAUUUAUUUCUGUAUGUUUACGGUGGUGUUUUAAACAAAAAUCCUGAAUGCUAUUGUAGAAAAUCAACAUAAUACAUGUGGCGAGAUAGUAGCUGUACAGGACACCCACACACUGAUUUAACCAUGUUGUCUGUGUGUUGUGUUUGGUGGUGCAGGGCUUCAGGUUCACUCAGCUUCCAGACAUGGGCGUUGGACCUCCACCCACUCUGAUCCCCUCCAGACCCGGACCCCCUUCCGGGACCUCAAUGAGGCGGUACGAAGCGCCCUCCUCCUCCCUUCAAGCUGUCAGAAAGACAGUAAACGGAUGCAAAUAACAUUCAUUCCAAUAUAGUCACAUCCACACAAUGCUAAACAUGCUCAACCUACUACGCUGAACAAAAAUCUAAACGCAACAUGCAACAAUUUCAAAGAUUUUACUGAGUUACAGUUCAUAUAAGGAAAUCAGUCAAUUGAAAUAAAUUCAUUAGGCCCUAAUCUAUGGAUUUCACAUGACUGGGAAUACAGAUAUGCAUCUGUUGGUCACAGAUAUCUUAAAAAAGUAGGGCAGUGUAUCAGAAAACCAGUCAGUAUCUGGUGUGACCACAAUUUGCCUCAUGCAGCACAACACAUCUCAUUCGCAUAGAGUUGAUCUGUUGAUUGUGGCCUGUGGAAUGAUGUCCCACUCCUCUUCAAUGGCUGUGCAAAGUUGCUGGAUAUUUCGGGAACUGGAACACGCUGUUGUACACGUCGAUCCAGCGCAUCCCAAACAUGCUCAAUGAGUGACAUGUCUGGUGAGUAUGCAGGCCAUGGAAGAACUGGGACAUUUUCAGCUUCAAGGAAUUGUGUACAGAUCCUUGUGACGUGGGGCUGUGCAUUAUCAUGCUGAAACAUGAGGUGAUGGCGGCGGAUGAAUGGCACGACAAUGGGCCUCAGGAUCUUGUCACGGUAUCUUUGUGCAUUCAAAUUGCCAUAGAUGAAAUGCAAUUGUGUUUGUUGUCCAUAGCUUAUGCCUGCCCAUACCAUAACCCCACUGCCACCAUGGGGCACUCUGUUCAAAAGGUUGAUAUCAGCAAACCGCUCGCCCACAUGACGCCAUACAUGCGUCUGCCAUCUGCCUGGAACAGUUGAAACCGGGAUUCACCAGUGAAGAGCACACUUCUCCAGCGUGCCAGUGGCUAUCGAAGGUGAGCAUUUGCCCACUGAAUUCGGCUACGACGCCGAACUGCAGUCAGCUUCCCUGAGAUAGAAUUUCUGCACAAACUGUCAGAAACUUUGGUUACGCAAACCCACAGUUUCAUCAGCAGUCCGGGUGGCUGGUGUCAGAUGAUCUCGCAGGUGAAGAAGCCGGAUGUGGAGGUCCUGGGCUGGCGUGGUUACACGUGUUCUGCGGUUGUUAGGCCAGUUGGACGUACUGCCAAAUUCUCUAAAACGACGUUGGAGGCGGCUUAUGGUAGAGAAAUUAACAUAAAAUUAUCUGGCAACAGCUGUGGUGGACAUUCUUGCAGUCAGCAUGCCAAUUGCACGUUCCCUCAAAACUUGAGACAUCUGUGGCAUUGUGUUGUGUGACAAAACUGCACAUUUUAGAGUGGCCUUUUAUUGUCCUCAGUGCAAGGUGCACCUGUGUAAUGAUCAUGCUGUUUAAUCAGCUUCUUGAUAUGUCACACCUGUCAGGUGGAUGGAUUAUCUUGGCAAAGGAUAAAUGCACACUAAUAGGGAUGUAAAUACAUUUGUGCAACAAAUUUGAGACAAAUAAGCUUUUUGUGCGUAUGGAAAAUUACUGGGAUCUUCAAUUUCAGCUCAUGAAACAUGGGACCAACACUUUACAUGUUGCGUUUAUAUUUUUGUUCAGUAUAGAUUUUUUGAAGGUCUACUUGUAACUAGUGUACUGUAUCCUUUUAGCGUUUCCCACCCUAAUUGCUUUGUACUUCUUAACAUGUGGCUUUAAUGUAAUACUGCUUAUGUGUUGUGUUGUAUUUCUACUCUACCUUUAUUCUGCAUCAUUUAAAACAGGGAUGGGCCCUUUUGAAAGCCCUUUGAUCAAUACAUUAUUAUUAUUAUUAUUAUUAUUAUUAUUAUUAUCGGUGAGACAUGAAUUACAAGGCUUUUGUCUUUGUCCCCCCUUCUGCAGUUCUACACCGGACAUCAGCCUGAAACCUCGUGUUUCUGAGGCCUCUGAGAUGCAGAAUCAGCACAAUGGCGCCACCUACCUGCCUAUCAACAGAGCGCCCUUCCCUGCUGUUACUGUUGACCAGUCCAUGACCAGCUACUCAGGUCAAAAUAUUAAAUAUUGUAUAAUUAUUCAGAUAUGGACUAGUAAAUAUAGAUACAAAUGUAAAUACAUACAGUGGGGAGAACAAGUAUUUGAUACACUGCCGAUUUUGCAGAUUUUCCUACUUACAAAGCAUGUAGAGGUCUGUACUUUUUAUCAUAGGUACACUUCAACUGUGAGAGAUGGAAUCUAAAACAAACAUCCAGAAAAUCACAUUGUAUGAAUUUUAAGUAAUUAAUUUGCAUUGUAUUGCAUGACAUAAGUAUUUGAUCACCUACCAACCAGUAAGAAUUCCGGCUCUCACUGACCUGUUAGUUUUUCUUUAAUAAGAAGCCCUCCUGUUCUCCACUCAUUACCUGUAUUAACUGCACCUGUUUGAACUCGUUACCUGUAUAAAAGACACCUGUCCACACACUCAAUCAAACAGACUCCAACCUCUCCACAAUGGCCAAGGCCAGAGAGCUGUGUAAGGACAUCAGGGAAUUUUUUUUAGACCUGCACAAGGCUGGGAUGGGCUACAGGACAAUAGGCAAGCAGCUUGGUGAGAAGGCAACAACUGUUGGCGCAAUUAUUAGAAAAUGGAAGAAGUUCAAGAUGACGGUCAAUCACCCUCGGUCUGGGGCUCCAUGCAAGAUCUCACCUCGUGGGGCAUCAAUGAUCAUGAGGAAGGUGAGGGAUCAGCACAGAACUACACGGCAGGACCUGGUCAAUGACCUAAAGAGAGCUGGGACCACAGUCUCAAAGAAAACCAUUAGUAACACACUACGCCGUCAUGGAUUAAAAUCCUGCAACGCACGCAAGGUCCACCUGCUCAAGCCAGCGCAUGUCCAGGCCCAUCUGAAGUUUGCCAAUGACCAUCUAGAUGAUCCAGAGGAGGAAUGGGAGAAGGUCAUGUGGUCUGAUGAGACAAAAAUAUAGCUUUUUGGUCUAAACUCCACUCGCCGUGUUUGGAGGAAGAAGAAGGAUGAGUACAACCCCAAGAACACCAUCCCAACCGUGAAGCAUGGAGGUGGAAACAUCAUUCUUUGGGGAUGCUUUUCUGCAAAGGUGACAGGACGACUGCACCGUAUUGAGGGGAGGAUGGAUGGGGCCAUGUAUCGCGAGAUCUUGGCCAACAACCUCCUUCCCUCAGUAAGAGCAUUGAAGAUGGGUCGUGGCUGGGUCUUCCAGCAUGACAACGACCCGAAACACACAGCCAGGGCAACUAAGGAGUGGCUCCGUAAGAAGCAUCUCAAGGUCCUGGAGUGGCCUAGCCAGUUUCCAGACCUGAACCCAAUAGAAAAUCUUUGGAGGGAGCUGAAAGUCCGUAUUGCCCAGUGACAGCCCCGAAACCUGAAGGAUCUGGAGAAGGUCUGUAUGGAGGAGUGGGCCAAAAUCCCUGCUGCAGUGUGUGCAAACCUGGUCAAGACCUACAGGAAACGUAUGAUCUCUGUAAUUGCAAACAAAGGUUUCUGUACCAAAUAUUAAGUUCUGCAUUUCUGAUGUAUCAAAUACUUAUGUCAUGCAAUAAAAUGCAAAUUAAUUACUUAAAAAUCAUACAAUGUGAUUUUCUGGAUUUUUGUUUUAGAUUCCGUCUCUCACAGUUGAAGUGUACCUAUGAUAAAAAUUACAGACCUCUACAUGCUUUGUAAGUAGGAAAACCUGCAAAAUCGGCAGUGUAUCAAAUACUUGUUCUCCCCACUGUAUAUAUGUACACACGUGUGUGUGUGGAAAAAGACAAGGGGUCUGAAUACUUUCUGAAUACACUGUAUAUACAGUACCAGUCAAAAGUUUGUACAUACCUACUCAUUCCAGGGUUUUUCUUAUUUUUUAAACUAUUUUCUACAGUGUAGAAUAGAUGAAGACAUCAAAACUAUGAAAUAACACAUAUGGAAUCAUUUAGUAACCAGAAAAGUUAGAUUCUUCAAAGUAGCCACCCUUUGCCUUGAUGACAGCUUUGCACACUCUUAGCAUUCUCUCAACCAGCUUCAUGAGGAAUGCUUUUCCAACAGUCUUGAAGGAGUGCCCACAUAUGCUGAGCACUUGUUGGCUGCUUUUCCUUCACUCUGCGGUCCAACUCAUCCCAAACCAUCUCAAUUGGGUUGAGUUCGGGUGAUCGUGGAGGCCAGGUCAUCUGAUGCAGCACUCCAUCACUCUCCAUCUUGGUCAAAUAGCCCUUACACAGCCUGGAGGUGUGUUGGGUCAUUGUCCUGUUGAAAAACAAAUGAUAGUCCCACUAAGCGCAAACCAAAUGGGAUGGUGUAUCGCUGCAGAAUGCUGUGGUAGCCAUGCUGGUUAAGUGUGCCUUGAAUUCUAAAUAAAUCACAGUCAGUGUCACCAGCAAAGCACCAUCACACCUUCUCCUCCGUGCUUCACGGUGGGAACCACACAUGCAGAGAUCAUCCGUUCACCUACUCUGCGUCUCACAAAGACACGGCGGUUGGAACCAAAAAAAUCUGGCCCAAGCAAGUCUCUUCUUCUUUUUGGUGUCCUUUAGUAGUGGUUUCUUUGCAGCAAUUCAACCAUGAAGGCCUGAUUCACGCAGUCUCCUCUGAACAUUUGACGUUGAGAUAUGUCUGUUACUUGAACUCUGUGAAGCAUUUAUUUGGGCUGCAAUCUGAGGUGCAGUUAACUCUAAUGAACUUAUCCUCUGCAGCAGAGGUCUUCCUUUCCUGUGGCGGUCCUCAUGAGAGACAGUUUCAUCAUAGCGCUUGAUGGUUUGUGCGACUACACUUGAAGAAACUUUCAAAGUUCUUGAAAUGUUCCGUAUUGACUGACUUUCAUGUCUUAAAGUAAUGAUGGACUGUCAGUUUCUCUUUGCAUAUUUGAGCUGUUCUUGCCAUAAUAUGGACUUGGUCUUUUACCAAAUGGGGCUAUCUUCUGUAUAUCACCUAUACCUUGUCACAACACAACUGAUUGUCUCAAAAGCAUUAAAAGGAAAGAAAUUCCACAAGUUAACUUUAAACAAGGCACACCUGUUAAUUGAAAUGCAUUCCAGGUGACUACCUCAUGAAGCUGGUUGAGAGAAUGCCAAGAGUGUGCAAAGCUGUCAUCAAGGCAAAGGGUGGUUAUUUGAAGAAAACUCAAAUAUAAAAUAUAUUUUGAUUUGUUUAACACUUUUUUGGUUAAUACAUUUACAUUUACAUUUUAGUCAUUUAGCAGACGCUCUUACAGGAGCAAUUAGGGUUAAGUGCCUUGCUCAAGGGCACAUCGACAGAUUUUUCACCUAGUCGGCUCAGGGAUUAGAACCAGCGACCUUUCGGUUACUGACACAACGCUCUUAACCACUAAGCUACCUGCCGCCCAAUACAUGAUUCCAUAUGUGUUAUUUCAUAGAUGUGAUGUCUUCACUAUUAUUCUACUAUGUAGAAAAUAGUCAAAAUAAAUAAAAACCCUGGAAUGUGUAGGUGUGUCCAAACUUUUGACUGGAACUAUAUGUGUGUGUGUAUUUUUAUUUUUUAUUUCACCUUUAUUUAACCAGGUAAGCCAGUUGAGAACAAGUUCUCAUUUACAACUGCGACCUGGCCAAGAUAAAGCAAAGCAGUGUGAUAAAAACAACAACACAGAGUUACAUAUGGGGUAAAACAAAACAUAAAGUCAAAAAUACAACAGAAAAUUGAAAAUAUAUAUAGAGUGUGCAAAUGUAGCAAGUUAUGGAGGUAAGGCAAUAAAUAGGCCAUAGUGCAAAAUAAUUACAAUUAGUAUUAACACUGGAAUGAUAGAUUUGCAAGAGAUGAUUUGCAAAUAGAGAUACUGGGGUGCAAAUGAGCAAAAUAAAUAACAAUAUGGGGAUGAGGUAGUUGGGUGGGCUAAUUUCAGAUGGGCUCUGUACAGGUGCAGUGAUCGGUAAGGUGCUCUGACAACUGAUGCUUAAAGUUAGUGAGGGAGAUAAGAGUCUCCAGCUUCAGAGAUUUUUGCAGUUCGUUCCAGUCAUUGGCAGCAGAGAACUGGAAGGAAUGGCGGCCAAAGGAGGUGUUGGCUUUGGGGAUGACCAGUGAGAUAUACCUGCUGGAGCGCAUACUACGGGUGGGUGUUGCUAUGGUGACCAAUGAGCUAAGAUAAGGCGGAGAAUUGCCUAGCAGUGAUUUGUAGAUGGACUGGAGCCAGUGGGUUUGGCGACGAAUAUGUAGUGAGGACCAGCCAACAAGAGCGUACAGGUCACAGUGGUGGGUAGUAUAUGGGGCUUUGGUGACAAAACGGAUGGCACUGUGAUAGACUACAUCCAAUUUGCUGAGUAGAGUGUUGGAGGCUAUUUUGUAAAUGACAUCGCCGAAGUCAAGGAUCGGUAGGAUAGUCAGUUUUACGAGGGCAUGUUUGGCAGCAUGAGUGAAGGAGGCUUUGUUGCGAAAUAGGAAGCCAAUUCUGGAUUUAACUUUGGAUUGGAGAUGCUUAAUGUGAGUCUGGAAGGAGAGUUUACAGUCUAACCAGACACCUAGGUAUUUGUAGUUGUCCACAUACUCUAGGUCACACCCGUCGAGAGUAGUGAUUCUAGUCGGGUGGGCGGGUGCCAGCAGCGUUCGAUUGAAGAGCAUGCAUUUAGUUUUACUUGUGUUUAAGAGCAGUUGGAGGCUACGAAAGGAGUGUUGUAUGGCAUUGAAGCUCGUUUGGAGGUUUGUUAACACAGUGUCCAAUAAAGGGCCAGAUGUAUACAAAAUGGUGUCGUCUGCAUAGAGGUGGAUCUGAGAAUCACCAGCAGCAAGAGCGACAUCAUUGAUAUACACAGAGAAAAUAGUCGGCCCAAGAAUUGAACCCUGUGGCACCCCCAUAGAGACUGCCAUAGGUCCAGACAACAGGCCCUCCGAUUUGACACAUUGAACUCUAUCUGAGAAGUAGUUGGUGAACCAGGCGAGGCAGUCAUUUGAGAAACCAAGGCUAUUUAGUCUGCCAAUAAGAAUGCGGUGGUUGACAGAGUCGAAAGCCUUGGCCAGGUCGAUGAAGACGGCUGCACAGUACUGUCUAUUAUCGAUCGUGGUUAUAAUAUCGUUUAGGACCUUGAGCGUGGCUGAGGUGCACCCAUGACCAGCUCGGAAACUGGAUUAUGUGUGUGUGUGUGUGUGUGUGUGUGUGUGUGUGUGUGUGUGUGUGUGUGUGUGUGUGUGUAUAUACAGUGCAUUCGGAAAGUAUUCAGACCCCUUGACUUUUUCCAAAUUUUGUUACGUUAGUCUUAUUCUAAAAUUAAUUAAAUUAAUAUUUUUCCUCAUCAAUCUACACAGAAUACCCCAUAAUGACAAAGCAAAAACAGGUUUAGACAUUUUUGCAAAUGUAUUAAAAAUAAAAAACAGAAAUACCUGAUUUACAUAAGUAUUCAGACCCUUUGCUAUGAGACUCGAUAUUGAGCUCCGGUACAUCCUGUUUCCAUUGAUCAUCCUUCAGAUGUUUCUAUAACUUAGAGGGUCUGAACAGUUAUGUAAAUGUAAUAUUUCUGUUUUUUCUUUUGUAUAAAUUUGCCAAAAAAAAAUUAAACCUGUUUUUGCUUGUCAUUAUUGGGUAUUGUGUGUAGAUUGAUGAGAAUAAAAAAAUAUAUAUUCCAUUUUAGAAUAAGGCUGUAACGUAACAAAAUGUCAAGGGGUCUGAAUACUUUCCGAAUGCACUGUAUAUCCAUAUAUAAUGUAUAACUUUAAAGAGUAUGGUUUUCUCUGUCAAAUUGAUUCAGUUCACUCAUUCAAGCCUCUGAUUGGCUAAACACACUGCUCAUCUCUACAGGAAACCCAAUGACAGCAGUCUACGCCAUAUCAGCCAACCACCCUGGUUACUCUGACUACUUUGUCAUGUCUCCACCAUCGUCGUACGGAAGCCCAUCCUGGAUGUCCUACCCACCAGAACCUGAGGACAUCCCACACCAGUGGAAUGAUACUGUAAAUACUGUUAGUAUCUGAACCAGAACAAUGUCCUCGUAUAUAUUUAGCCUGUAUAACGCAGAUUGUUUGAUCUGGAUUUCUCACUAUCAGUCCCUGUUUAAAUCAGUCUCUUUUCUUUUCAGAACCCGUGUCAUUUAGAAACCAUUUGUUGAGAUUUCCUGACCUCUGGCACUGAGUGGAAACAGCAUAUAUCUUGGUGGGCACGGCACACACUAACACAACACGGCAUUUUCCGAUCAAUGACUUGGGUUUUUGUGGCUCAUUUCCUUUCGUUCCAUUUCGUUCUCUUUGUCUUCCAGGUGUCCUAUCGGUUGGGCAGUAGGGCCUCCCUCCCUCAAACUGAGUACCCCUGGACUAGAGCACCCCGCCCUCGCUGUCACCCCUGGCCCUUGCCCCUGCUGGCCUCUGGCCUGCCUCCUCAGCCCAACCAGGCCCUCUCUGGUCUCUGAGCCCCAGGUCACCCAGGCCUCACAGCCUCCAUGUCAACUGCCACCAGUCAGCGGAGGAUUGCCUAGACUAGAGUACAGCAGCAGCAUCCCCCAUGGUAAUACCACAUAUAGCCUCUGCCCUGGUCCACACCAUCCAACGACAGAGCUGGAAAAGCUGGACUAACUGUGCUUUUUGAUGAUCCAAAUUCUUUAUUGGAAAGAAGAGUUUUACCUACUACUGAUGGUUUAUGUGUAUUUUUUAAAAUUACAACAACAAAAAAAAUUCUAACUCUUGUCUUGAGCUGUUUGUUUUUGGAUAUUUGUGUGCUUUGUCAUUUACUUUCGUGCUUUACUUCUUAUUUUUAAUGAGUAAAACAUCUAGUGAGUGUAUCUUGUGCGCUCACCUUAAUUUAAGGCAAAAAAGUUGUGCAAGAAAAGCUUUGGUGUGAGUGGCAUUGUCAUUCUGUAUUUUUUAAAUGUACCCAUGACCUUUAACCCAUCAGAUUACAGUAAAAAACAACGGUCACCUGUUCUGUCAUUUAUACAGUUGAAGUUGGAAGUUUACAUACACUUAGGUUGGAGUCAUUAAAACUAGUUUUUCAACCACACCACAAAUUUCUUGUUAACAAACUAUAGUUUUGGCAAGUCGGUUAGGACAUCUACUUUGUUCAUGACACA